AUGUCCCAAGGAAAAGGAUCCAAGGUCAAGGAGCAGGAGCCUGAAUUCUUCGACCAGUUGUCUGCGGAGGUUGAACAAGUAGAGGACUGGAGGGAGCCUAUCAUGGACAUCAUAAAGCAUGGAAGGCUACUUCAAGAUCGGGCGGAACACAACGGCCUACGACAAAUGUCCACCAAGUACAUCCUUCUCGAUGGAGACGUCCGCUUCUGUGGGUCAUUUGACGGAAUUCUCCUCAGAUGCAACGAUACACAAGAAGCAGGAAAAGUAUUUGAAGAAGUGCACUUGGGUAUCUAUAGGCUGCAUCCGUUCGGCCCUAAGCUCUACGAGCGCAUACACAGACUCGGCUAUUACUAG